AUGCCGCCCUACCCCAUCGAGCUCCAAAAGUGGUGGAUGAGCUCCGGGUACGAUUUUCUAACGAAGCUGUUCGAAAUCGAUCAUUUGAAUUGCAAGCAACGAGAUGUUGGAUUCGCCCAAACGGUACAACGCAGACUUCGGGGUUUCGACAACGAUCAAAAUAUUCACGAGCAGCUUCAGGGCGCGAUAUUAGACAUUCGAAAAUCCCUACGAAUCCGCUACGAUUCCAAUCGACGCAAGAAACUCAAGGAGGCGGCCCAUUAUGUGUUUCGCCGCCCGGACGAUGGGGGGCUGGUGCAAGAACAUGCUCUCGAAGGCUUAGGCUAUCUUGAUGCAAUGGAAAUCCAUGGCCGGGCUCUUUUCACGGCGGCGAAGCUUUCAGUUGAAUCUGGAACUUGUGAGUCGGGCCUCCUUGAGCUAGCCGAGGAGCUUCAUCAAGCGGCAAGCAAGCGCUAUGGUCAAUUCCACAUGGGAUUUCGAGCUCGCAUACUCUUGAACGAACUAGAAACGUAUAAUUCAGGUGUAUCGAGGCCUGUUCAGAUCAUGGCGCUGUUGAAUUCUCUGUUUCCUGCGAUGGUGUUUCUCGAAGAUAGCGAUGAUUCUGAUCCCUCACCAUGUACACCCGGACUACGCGAUAGCAUACGAUUCAGCAUUUAUGAGCACCUUAUGGGAGAAAAUCCAUUCUCUAUACCUGAAAUGAAAGCGCUCGAGACCAGACUCCUUGGCUGGUGCGAUAUCCCAUCCUAUGCCCAGUCUCAUGAAGCGUUGACACGAUACAUUGAAGAAUCCAAGAAACGCGAAGAAGUCUGCCUCGGUAUUCUCGAUGCGGCCGAAAGACAGCCGAAGCCUAUAUACGUGAUUCAGUCGCCAGAUUCUUCCAUUUCUUCCUUGACCAUUUCCGAACGAUCCAUAACAGAGAUGGCAGAUAGCCCGAUCACCCCGACGACAACAGCUAAUGUCGAUUGCCGAGAUGGACCAUCUCGCCCUUGUGGAUCUCCCAUUACGAUAGCUUCUACAACAUCAGUCUCCAAAUAUCUUCUAGAAAGCAGAUCUGGACGAGAAAUUUUGCCAUCUCAAACAGAUCUCGCCGCCUUUGUCAACGAAGAUUGGGAGGGCGCGCCAUCGGAAAUACUGGAACCGCUGUCCACAGAAGAGUUUGACCAACAUCCCAUUACCAGAGAUCUUAAUAUCAAGGUCUCUGAAAUGUCCAAUCUGGGGCUACUACUCCCUAAGCGACUCGAAACUCGAACAUUUUAG